AUGCCUUUACCAGAAGCUUCUACCUCAACAGUCAUGCCAAGACGUGCUCCACCCCCUCCACUUUCAACCUCUACUUCCGACCCUUCUCCAGAGCUAGAGCAAAUAAAGACAGACACUGAUACACAACCGUCUUCUUCCAAGUCAAAACAUCGUGGUUUUAUACGUGUCAUUGGUGGUUUUUUCAAGCGCAAAUGCAGUGAUGCAGACGACGUCACGGCUCCUAGUGACAGUGAAGCAUCACAACGUCGAACGUCACGUUGGUCGCGUUGGUCACAUCGUCAGUCGCUUCCUGACGCACCCUUUGAAAUGACGGCGAUAAUGACGGAACCCACGUCUGCUGUUAUCCAGGAGAUCACUUCCCCUCGUCCUGUAGAUUCAGAUGCUAAUACAGUAGAGACGGACAAGAUUGAGGUUACAAAGCUCAAGCCAAAACCCAAACUCUCAUUUGCCAAAGGCACACGGUCACCCAGUGACCCGUUGGAGUUGGAUUCCAGUGGCGAGUCAGGGACGGAACGUUCCCGUAUUUCGUUUUUGUUUUUUGGAGGAAGUGACGUGGAUUCGACGUUUCAGCCAACCUUACGAUCGUCAUCCUUGGACAAUUUGCAUGAGCAAGAUAUCCAUCCAUCUUUACAGGCCAAGAUGCCGCUGUUUUUGUCAGUGCCUUUGGGAGGAAAAAUGCGUCGCAGUGGCAUCUUGCCUGAUCCAAUGGAGUACGAGCUUUAG